UCAAAGAUAUAGCUAAGUGUGUUUUACUGGAUAUGAUUGGCUCUCACGGGACGUUCCAGUCUAUAAAUGGGAUCCAAGUUAGAGAUGAAGUAGUACUUUCCUUACCUGAGGAGACACAUCUAUCAAUUCUCUCUGAACCAACAAAAAAGAAACAAUCAUGAUGAAGCUGGUGGUGUUCAUGAUGUGCCUGCUGGUCAGUACCUUGGCUGCUCCUGUAGCGGAGAGUGAAAGCAAUGAGGAAAAAGUUGCAGCACAUGCUAAUGAGGCCUUGAGGUGGAUGGAGAUGUACAGGAUGUACCAGCAGCAGGGGGUAGUUGGAAACCCCUUCCUGCCUGCUGCUGAUGCUCCUGCUGAUCCAGCUGGGGCAGCAGUGGUGGAUGCCGCACCCGCUGAUGUCGCACCUCCUGCUCCUGUUGCUGCUGCAGACGCAUCAGAGGAGGAGACAGAGGAUGGAGGCGCUGCAUCCAAAGCUGCAGCAGCUGGUGCUGCCCCCUUGAACUCUGAUGAAGAGGAAGAGGCAGAAGAGGUUGAGGCAGCCGAAGCUGAGCCAGCUGUGGUUGAAGUAGCACCCGAAGAGCCUGCAGCAGAUGCUGCAGCAGCUGUCGAGCCAGCCGUGGUUGACGUCCCUUUAGAAGCUGCCCCAGGGGAUGCUGCUGUUGUUGUUGAUGUGCCUCCUGUUGAUGUGGUUCCCGCUGAAGUUGCCCCUGCAGCCCCAGAGGUGGCUGUCGAUGCGGCUGUCCCCGCUGCUGCUGAUGCCGGUGCUGCUGAUGCCGGUGCUGCUGAUACCGGUGCUUCUGAUGCCGGUGCUGCCCCCCUGGCAACUGAGACUGACACAACUGGAGUAGAAGCAGAUCCUGCUGUAGUGUAGUUAUAUUUCUUAUAAUCAGCUUAAGUGCUCAUCUGUUAGCAGUUAAAGCAAUAGCUAGAAGCAGCGAUGAGUUGUUAAAGCAUCGUUAAAGGAUGACAAGCUGUGGCAUAUUGAAUAGAAAUGAAGAAAGUGUGCUUUUUUCAGGGUAAAGCAUUCUAUACACUCUUCCUUCUGUCUUAAACUCAAAUAUGUUUUGCUUGAUUCUGUACUCAGUUUUUGAUAGAUAAGUCAUGAGUGUUUGUGUAAGAUAAAAAAUACACAUCUUUGAUAAACUCUGUGUGAUGUACCUUUAUGAAUUUUCAGACAUUUUGACUUGUCACAGUAGGAAAAGCUCACAUGUUAGUAAUGACAUUAAUGUUGGUUUUGUCCUAUUUGAAACAAGCUAUGACAGUAGUUCAGCAUGGGUAACACCAGCACUCUGAAGCUGAAGCAGCUAAAUAGAACUCAGCAAUCUUGAAUUUUAUUGUUUACACCGACAGUGACAUGUGUUAAAUGUUUGCUAUAAAACCAACUAUGUUAUCAAAUAAAGGCAACAUUUCCAUAA